AUGAUAAAAGCAUCUUCUUGUCUUUUACUUAUUCAAUAUGGUGUUAAACUUUCAGAUAUGUCUUGGUGCACAACAUCAAUAAAUGAAAAUGAUUAUAUUAUGUGUUUAGUGACAGAAGAAGGAAAUAAAAAAAUUAUUUUAAUAAAUUUGAAAAGUAAAGAAAAAACGGUUUAUGAAACUUUAGCUGAUUCUAUUAAAAUGAAUAAUUUUAAAAAUAUUUUAGCACUUAAAAACAAAUCUUCUAUUCAAGUUAUAGGGAUUGGUGAAAAAAAAAAUAUCAUUGUUCUUAAUAUGCCUUUUGAGGUUGAAUACUGGAAUUGGAUUGAUGAAAAUAUUUUAGUUUUUAUUUGUAUUGAUAAUAUUUAUUAUUUUAACAUUUAUAAUAGUAAUAGACCUUUUAUGACAAUUUUAAGAAAUGAUACUUUAAAAGGAUAUAUUAUUGUAGAUCAUAAUUAUAAUAAAUCUACCAAUUAUUAUUAUAUAGUUGGACUUAAACAAGAUAUAAAUAAAGUAUAUGGAAAAAUAAUAUUAACAAAUCAAAAAAAUACUCAAUGUUUUGAUGGCACAGCUGGUUGUUUUUUUAAAUAUAAAAAAACAAAUUUAUCAUCAUUUGAAACUUUUUUUGCAUAUAUUAAUAAAAAUACUACCGGAUGUUACAUUAAAAUUAUUCAAUUAACUAAUAGUUCAGAGGAAAGUAUUAACAAAGAAAUAUGUCAAAUAAAAGUUGUUUUUUCUUUGUUUGAAUUAAAGUCAUCUGAUAUCCCAAAAGCAUUAUAUUUUUGUGAAAUUUUAGGAAUAUUUUAUAUAGUAACAAGAGAAGGAAAAAUAAUUGCUUAUCAAUAUGAUUUAAAAAAAGAAAUUGGAAGGAAAGAAUUAACUAAAAAAUUAGUAAUAGCAAGCUUUUUUAAUCGAAAGAAUAAUGCGAUUAUGAUUUUUGUUAAUGAUGGUUAUCUAUAUAAAAUUUAUGUUGAAAAUGUUUUACCAAUUCAUGUUAGCUGUAGUGAUAUAGAUUAUAAAGCAAUAUCAAAUGUUUUUAAAAAUAGUUUAAAUUUAAAUACAUCUUCAUAUAUGGAAAAUAUAGAAACAAAAUUUGAGAAAUUAAUUAGUUCUAAAAAUUAUAUUGAAGCAGGAAGAAUAGUUGGUAAUGAUAGAAGUGAUAAAUUACGUAAUAUUAAUAUAAUGACAAAACUUCUUAAUUUUAAAACUACAGAUCAAAUAUCUGAAAGUUUUGAAAUGUGUAUGAAAUGUUUAAUGAAUAGAACAUCAUUAAACUUUCAAGAAACACAAUUAUAUAUUCAAUAUUUAAUUUGUACUGAAAACAAACUUUUGAUUGAUGAAUGUAUAAGGAAGGGAAAAAUUGAAUUUACAGAUGAAAUUGGAAAUGAUUUGUUACCAUAUUAUCCUGAUUUAGCAAUAAAAGUAUUUGCAAAUGCAGGUUCAUUUAUGACUGUUAUAGAAUAUUUAUUAUAUAUUAAUGAUGAUAAAGAGCUCAAAUUAUUUAUGAAAAAUUAUAAUCUUAAUUCAUUGUUUAUGGAUAUGUUUAAUAGUUUAAUAUUAUCUAAUCCUGAUUCAGCUUUAAAAUUUAUUUUCUUUUUAAUUGAUGAAUACUCUGAGUCAACUAAAAUUGAAAUUUUAGAAAUUGUAACAAAUAUCUUUGUUAAAAAUUCCUAUUUUGAUCAAGCUGUUCAAUGUUUACUUGGAAAUUUAAAAAAUGAUUCACAAAAAGAAAGUGAAUUACAAUAUAAACUAAUAAUUUUAUGCUUAAAAUACUAUCCAACUAUUGCAGAAAAUAUUUUUAAAACACAAAAAUAUACCUUUUAUAAUAAAGAAAAAAUUGCUAAUAUUUGUGAAAAAAUGGGUCUACCUCAUUUAGCAUUAUAUAAUGUUAAAAAUAUAGAUAAAAUAUGUGAUUUAUUUCAACAAAUUAAACUGGAUGAUUAUGAAAUACUUGAAUAUUUAUCAAUUGAUACAAUGAUAUCAUGUGUUAAAAAACUUAUUGAAAAUAAAGAAACUUAUAUGGUAGCAUAUAAUAUUGUUAAUCAUUAUCAUCAAAUAUCGGGAGAUGAAAGGUUUUUAAAAUUAAUCGGUAUAUCAAAAGAAACUGAAACAACAUACGGAAAUGGUUUAGUAUCACCUACUAUUAGUAUUAAUGAUAAUUAUGAAAAUUCAUUAUAUCCAUCACUUGAUAAAGAUUGUUUUAAUAACAAUUUUAAUUUAAACUCAGAUGAAAUAAAUUAUACAUCAAUAUCAAAAAAUCACUUAACAAAUACAAAUAGUCAAACAAAGUCAAAUUUUAAUAACCUUUCUACUAAUAUUUCAACAAAUUCUUCCCUCAUGACUAUUCCUCAUUUUUUAAUAAAUAAUAUACCGAAACAAAAUGAUGAAAUAAAUAAUGACAAUUAUUUAAAUCAACCAAUUAAAUGUAGUACAAAUGAUUUAGAAAAAAAUAAAAAAUCUUUCAAUAAUUAUAGUGAUUCAGAAAUAUUUAAUGAAAUUAAAAUAAAUGAAUCAAAAGAUGAAUCAACAGUAGAUGAUUGUAUUACUUCUAAAAAUACUUUUAUAUUACCUAAUAAUAUAUCACUAGAAGUUGAAAGUAAUAUUAAAGAUGUGAAUAAUACAAAUGUUUUAACUUCUCAUAUACAAUUGUCUCCAUUAUCAAAUAACGAAUUAUUACUUACAGAAAUUCGUAAUGGAAUAAAAUUAAAAAAAGUUCCGAAUGAAAGAAUUAAUAAAAAAGAAGUAAUUACUAAUGAUUCUAAAAAUGAUAUUAAUUCCAUUUUAAAAUCUGGUCUUGAAAGUAGAAGAAAAUAUUUAUUAGAAGAUGAUGAUGAAGAAUGGUGA